AUGACCCACGAAGCACAAUCCCGCUCAACAUCACGGCCGCCGUCACCAAGUACGCUCCCAUCCUCACCCGCCACCAUACGUCAAGGGUCCCCAAGGAGACCCCAAUCAUCACCAAAGACUCAGGUCCCCGAACUACCACCCUGGUUGACCCAACUCCCCUCCUACGUCCCCAAGUUGCCCUACUGCCAGGGCUAUUUCCCCCGCAACCUGCCCCCGUCCAACUGGCCCUGUCUUCAGUGCUACACGCAGCCCGAGUGGAGCCGGUAUCGGCAGUCGUGGAUCAAGAGGUAUCGGGAGCAUCAUCCGGAGGCGGUGAAUCUGGAGGAAGCGGAGGAGAUGAGUGGGGUGGCUCUCAUCCCGGGGAGGGUCGGGUUGGUCAACGUCGUGCGGGAGAUGGGGAGGAUGGAGGGGGUAGGAGGGGGCGAGUCGGGGGAGUUGCGUGGGAGGGGGAGGGGUGAAGGAGAUGGGUGA